AUGACCACAUUGACUCCAGUCUCUAAUAAAAAUGAGAUAAACUGCUGGGAAAAUCAACCCUUUACCACAGUCUGGCCAGAAUCGGAACAAUAUAAGCCAUCAAGAGAUUCACAUGUUACAAGGACUAUUAAAAAGCGUAAACGUAACAGAACCGCUUACACAACAGAACAGCUGAGAAUGCUGGAAAGAACUUUCUCGAGAUCAAAAUACAUAGAUGCAGAACGUCGCAAAGAACUUGCGGAAUGUUUAAAUAUUGGAGAAAAAUGUGUUAAAGUUUGGUUCCAGAAUAGAAGGAUGAAGGAGAAGAAGGAGUCAUCAUUGUCGAGUGAUUCGUCAAGUGAAUCUUGUGCUACAGAAUCUAUAAGCCCACCUCCAGAGAGUACAAGUGGCACAGAAAGUGAAUACAACUGUCCAGCCUUUAACCAUAACCCAACUCAACAGAUACCCCAUUAUGGAUAUUACCAACAAAACCUUGCUUCGGAAUCUCAAAUACCGUAUUAUCCACAGGGCACGUCUUAUACUCACUAUCUUCCUUCAUUCACAAGUGAUUUUUUCAGAAAUGAUAGUAAUAUAUAUCCCACCCAAUACUAUCCUUAUACUGCGCCUGAAUACAAUUACACAAACAUUGAACAAGUUGAUCAGAAACAAGAAACAGGUAAUAACUGGUCGGAUACUGCGUUUGAGUUGAAUUUCCUCUAA